AUGCUGCCCGUGACCCACGUGCUAGCCUUCGGUGCUUGGCUGGUGGCACAGAGCAAGGCUACACCAACCCUGGAGACGCGUGGCGGCCGGGCCGAGUUCUCCAUCUCCAACGCCACCCAAGAGGACUCAGGUGCCUACAGCUGCCAUUACCUGGACGGCGACACGGUGCUGGCUCGCAGCGAAACCCUGGAAGUCACGGUGCACGAGUUCCGUCUCCCCAGACCGGUCCUCUCCAUCCUGCCUGGGCGUGACGUGGCUGCAGGAGCUUCCGUGACUUUCCGUUGCGCCAUCGCGCACUCCAGUGCCACCUGUUUCCUCUACCGGGAGGGCCAGGUUGAAGCCCAACAAACUUCCAAUGAAGACCGGGAGGUCAGCUUCCCUCGGGUGACGAAAGGCGACGGGGGCUGCUACAGCUGCCAGUGUUUCACCUGGAAUGCUUCGUUCCAAUGGUCUGCUGUCAGCGAGGCCCAGGAUUUGGUGGUGAGAGGCGCCCAGUCCCUUCCCCAGCGGGAGGAGUGGCGGCGUGGGGGAAGGGAGCGGAGGACAGCAGGACCCUUUUGUAAGAUGUUUCCUUACGAGCUCCACGACCUGCGCGAGGGAGCCGCUCCGUUCCAGACCACUCCUGGAGAGGUCCCAGCACCGGUCACAGAGUCUCACAGCUGA